CCUCAAAGCUAUAACUAAGAUAAAGUUCAGCUGUUUACUACAACUUUUACAACUAUUGUAAAUAAACAAAACAAAUGCUGGUUUAGCUGACCGUAUUGAAAUUUAUUUGUUAAAAAUGCUUAAAAUAUUUGAGAGCUGUAGAAAAAUUAAUUAUAUAGCACGCCAUUUCAGUAUAAAUUACGUCUUAAGAAACUGUGAAGAGCAACCAAAAAUUGAGAAUCAAGGAGUAAAAAAGCCGAAACGAAAAAUAACAGAAACAGUCGAACUAGUGACAUUAGUGGAUCAAAAUGAUAAAAUUUUAGGACUGAAACCAAAAUCUGAGUCAGAGAAAUUAGCGAGAAAACUGAAUCUAUCAUUAACUAGAGUGUUUGAUACAAAAUUUGGAAAAGUUUAUCCUGCUUACAAGCUGAUGUCCAGCACAGAGGUUUUAAAAACAGAAUCUAAAACUUCAUCUGCGAAGACUUUAAAAAAAUUACCUUUAAGUUCCAGAAUUUCAGACCAUGAUUUGAAAGUCAAAAUUCAAACAAUUCGCAAAUGGGUUGUAAAGAAUUGUGAAGUUCAUGUUGCAAUUACUGGCAAUGCAGAAAACAUGACUGCUAUGUUCAUCCAUCGACAAUGCCUGAGAGAGAAGAAGAAUACACAAUUGUUGUGAAUGACAGAGAGUCGUAUUUGUUUCAAAGACAAAUGGAGAGACUGUUUUAUUUGAGGCAGGCCAUCAGGAAUCUUCCUCCUGAAGUCAGGAGAUACGUUAUGGAUCGUCUGAGAAACGAAUGAAUAAUAUUGAUUGCGAUGAAUUUCUCAUUUUAAAGUUUAUACCAAAUUUCUCUCGUUUUUCUUUAAUUAUGUUCAUUUUACUUUUUUACUUAUGUUCCUUCGUUUUAAUUUAAUUAAAAAAAGUCUUAAAUUUGUAAAUCUUGUGUUUUAUUUGUUUAUCUUACUUUACUGCAUUGUAUUUAUUUUUUGAAUUUUAUUUUUAAUUUCUACAAGAUAUUAUUAAUAUUUUAUGGCGAUAAUUUCUUAUAACACUACCAAUAAUUAAUCGAUAAUUUCUUAUAAUACAAUCAUUAUAUCUUAUCUAAUAUAUUUGUCUCAUUUUAUUUCCUAUCCUAAAUUCUAAGCACCAGAUCUUCCAAAACUCAGAGCUUAUUCGCCUAAGUGGUGCCACCUAUUGCUACAAAUCGCUAUUAUCUGCCUCUCAUAAUAUCAUUAUUAUGUUCAUCUUUAUUAUUAUUACCUUAACUAAAUAAUCUUUUACACUUCCAAUUAUAUUAUAAUUAUUAAUAUUAUAUUAAUUAUUAUGCAAAUCGCUAUUAUUUUCCCCUCAAAACAUCACUUUUAUUUUUUUAAUGGAAAUAUAUCUUGCUGUAGAACAUAGAGAAGCAGCAAAAAUGUUUUGAAUUUAAAAUCACAUGCAUUUUUUAAAGGAAGAUUUUCAAACUUAUAAAUCUAAAUUAACCCUUCCUUUGGUUUGUAAUAUGCGAAUUUGAGAUAGUGUUUUUCUUCUAUGAACAUUUCCACUAUUCAUUAACAUGAAAAAAGUAUGUAUUUAUUUAUGUAAGUAAAGACUGCAGUUUGAUAAGUGACUUUUUACAUGCAUAACUGUUGUUAUGUUAAAAUGCUGAUCUUAAUUUAGUUUGUGUCUAUGUAUUUUUUCAUGAAUGAUCAUUUUGUAAAGAUGCGAAUAAAAAACUGUGUAUCUGGGUGUAUAAGUCGACCCCCUAUUUUUGAUUACAAGAUGGCAAAUUUCUGGCAUGUUUAGUGUAGAAGUCUAUUGAUGAAGUAUUAUACAAAAUUUCUAUUUCAUUUUAAAUUCUUUUAAAAAUGGGGGAUUUUAAAUUAUUUGGACGGGGGUAAAUAAUUUUUUUGUGGGACUCAGCAGUCGAGGAUUAAAUAAAAUCCAUUACAGUGUGAGAUCCGUAUAACGACACUGCUAAUAUUAUUAAAGCCAACACAGUUGAUGUUCUGGAAUUUUUAAAUUUCAGUGUUCAAACUAUGGGUACUUUUAGGACUGCAAACUUCCAUAUUUCUGGGUACCCUUUUACUAAAAGCGGAUUCCUGUUAAAAAAAAUUUUUAUUGAUAUAUGCACAUAAUUGUUCUUUCUAUUAAAUAGAUAAAAUAAAGAAUUUGAAAACAAAAAGAGUUUUAUGUGAACAAUCAAGCUUUUUAAUUAAGUCUGAUAAAACACUACACCAUUUAAAAGCAACAAUGUAAUUAGAUAUUCAGAAUUAUUCUAAUUUUUAUUGUCAGCUAUUAUUGAUUAAAAAGUUGUUAAAUUUUGGUUAUAAUUUCGUCUACAUAAAUCUGUUGGCGAGGUAAUUUUUUUAUUUUCCGUCUGGAGUAUUAUGGAUCCCAUGGGAUGCGUUAUAACUUUCAAUUGUACUUUUUUUGGUGUAUUUAACGUGUUUUAGCAUGUAAGUGGAAUUACUAAAUUCAAAGCUUUAUAGUAUGUUUUAAGAGUUUUCAUUGUAUUAAUUAAAUUAUCUCAACUUUUCGUAUUCUUAAUUUUUUUUAAAAAUGUAAUUUGAAGUAUUGUUUCUAAAAACACCUUUAUAUGUAAAGAAAAUAUGAGAGAAAAUGAAUUAUCAAUUGCAUAAAUUAAUUGAAUAAAUAUUGUUUGAAAGAGAUAAAGUUAUUCAUAUUAUCUCAUUGUUUAUGAUACAUCACUAUUUCAUGAUCAAUCAAUCUCCAACUUAAUUACUGGUGUAAAAGUGGAUUUUUGUAAAAUUUUGGGAGUUUGAAAAAACGACUUAUAAUCUGGUAUAUAUGGUAGUAAUAAAAUCAACUUGUGUUACUACAUAAAACUGCUUUGUUUAUAUAUUUUUGUUUUAUUUUCCAGAGAAAUGUGCUAAGUAAAAUACAAGAUGAAAUUAAAGAAGAAUGUAGGAUUAUAGAGAUUA